GACAUGCAUGAUGGAGAUAGAUGACAGGUGGGUUACGUUUGUGGUUUCAGAAUGUCGUUAGACUGCGGAAAUGGGCCAUUGAGAAAAUUAAAAACAAGAUUGUCCCAGCAGCCAUCCAGGAAUUCUGGUUGAUAUGGGGUCAUGAACUCCUUAAGCCGUUGAUAUUCCCAGUUGCUAAGGCAACCUGGGAUUCAGAGGAUCAUGACGACUCUUCAGCAAGGAUUAGCUGGAAGACGUUGUUUAAUCCACAUUGGAGAACUUCGGACAAAACCAACAGCAAUCCGCAGAAGAAGAGGAAGGUCAUGAAAGGGGUCAUACAAGAGGUCGUCAAGAGGUUAAAAGGUCAAAUUGCGCAGGUCACUUCAAAAGAGCCAGUGAAAGCCAGACCAAGCCUGUGUCGAUGUGACUUCUGCUGCCGACAUACAACCCCAAUAUCCAGUACUGGUAACGCGUGAUAUGACAUUGAUUCUUCAUCAUGGUGUUUAUAUACCAACAAGUGGAUAUUACUUGGAACCUUGAAGUUCAAACGGUGUAUAGACCGUUAUCAUGCUGUCACUAUAUUAAUAGGGUAUGUUCAGACAGCGUACUAAGUUAGACCCGAACCGGUUUAACUUUUACGAGCAGCAGGGUGUGAUCGUAAAAAUAAAACCCCGUUACUCUAACGGGCUGUUUAUGGUCCUGUUCAUUGGUCACCGUGUGUUUACGUAAUGAUUACGGAGGUCAAUGGGUCGCCUGU